UUUCUUUUUUUUUUUUUUAAAAAAAAAAAAAUGACAUGUCUUUUGAACAGUCUCAAGAAGUUAUUAACGAUUAUGAAAAAUUACUUGAAUCUGAUGAAGAAUAUAAUGUUAUUAUUCAUGCGGGCGAAAAUGAAAAUGUAGAAAUAAUACACGGACAUUCAAAUAUUUUACGUAUUAGAUCUCAAUAUUUUCGUACGGCAUUUUCUAAUGAAUUAACUGAGAAAAAGGAUGGAAACUUUAUUUUUAUUAUUCCUAACAUUUCUCCUCAAUUUUUUAAAAUUAUUUUAAGGUUUAUUUAUUGUGGAAAAAUUGAUUUGACGAAAUUACAAAUAUUGGAGGUUUUAAAACUUUUGAUAGCAGUAGAUGAACUCAAAAUUCAAACAUUGAUUCUUUAUAUUAAUGAAUAUUUGAUUCAACAUCGUGAAUUUUUAAAACAAAAUCCUAUAGAAAUACUUGAUACCGUUUAUCAAGUUAUUCAGAAUGAUAUUUUCUCAGAUUUAUGUGAUUAUUGUCUUGAAGAAAUUUGUGCUAAACCAGAAGAAUUAUUUAAAUCUGAUAAAAUUUUAACUUUAAAAAUGCCUUUAUUAGAAUUACUUUUAAAAAGGGAUCAUUUGUUUUUGGAUGAAAUUGUUAUAUGGGAAAGUUUGAUUAAAUGGUGCUUGGCUCAACAUUCUAAUAUUUCAAAAGAUCCUACACAGUGGAAUAAAGAAGAAUUAAUGACCAUGGAAAGAAUUAUUCAUAGAUUUAUUCCAUUAAUAAGAUUUUAUCAUAUCCCUUCAGCAGAUUUUAUUACAAAAGUAUACCCUUUUAAAAAAAUAAUACCAGAAGAUUUAAUUGAUAAUGUACUUGUAUUUCACAUGGCAUCAAGUGAACGAUUAAAUGUUGAUAUACAACCUCCUAGGAAACCAAAAAUUAUUUAUGAUUCUAUAAUUAAUAAGAAAAAAUUUGCUAUUAUUUCUAGUUGGAUAGAAAAGAAAAAUCAGUAUUAUUAUAAUGAAAAAAAUAUUCCUUAUGAUUUUAAUUUAAUUUACCGUGCCAGUAGGGAUGGUUAUACAAAUACUGCAUUUCAUGAAAAAUGUGAUAAUAAAGGAGCUACUAUAGUUGUGAUAAAAAUCGCAAAUUCGGAGAAAAUAGUUGGAGGAUACAAUCCACUUUUUUGGGAUUCAAGUAACACAUUUAAAUCUACUUAUGAUAGUUUCUUAUUCUCAUUUACAAAUAAAGAUAACCAUAAAAGUGCAAAAUUAUUAUUCUCACUUUUAAAUAAGGAUAACCUUCAAAGCGCAAAAGUAGGUUAUAGUAACGGUAAUACAUAUUCUAUAAGUUGUAAUUCAAGUUAUGGACCAGCAUUUGGUGGAGGUAAUGAUUUAUGUUUUGGUAGUGGGACGUAUUAUAAUAAUGCAUUUGGUGGAGGUGGUUAUUUUAAUGGGACGUGGUAUAGUAAUACAAAUGUUAAUUACUUGAAAAACUUCAAAAUUAUCUGCUUUAAAAUUUGCUGGUAUACCAAUAUUAGGAUAAGAGUUAUUAAGAGUUAUAAAUAUGAUGAAAUUAUUAAAAAGAGAUUAAUGCGCAAUGUUAUAUUUUACUUUGUUUACUUUGUCAUAUUAUUCACCGUUUUAGUAAUUUCGAUAAAUUUUUUGAAUAAGUUUAAUAUAUACUAGCUGUAGCAUGUUGCGUUGCGACAGGACUAAAUAAGUUAAAAUCAAUAUAACAAUAAAAUCUUUGUUUUAUAUUUAAAUAAAUUA